CGUAAACCAGUCCGUGCUGAAACAAUCAUCGAUUGCUUGGUUAACGUGGAUGUGUGUGUCAUUUGUUCUGUGGAAACGACACUUUUUAGACUUUGGACCGAAAAUGUGUUAACAGACUAUUUAUUAAAUGUGUAACACUAGUUGCACAUUUUAAGAGUGACGCGCUACUGCCAGCAUGUCUUACUUGGAAUGGGCUGAGUCUCAGCUUGCAGAGAUCGAGCUGUUGAGCAGCAUGUUUCCCACCCGGGACGAGCUGGAGCUCACAGACCAGCUGGCUGUGGCCGAGCUGAGGGACUACGUUGAGGGCAUAGCUUCAGCAGACAGCCCCCCUCCUCUCAGACCCCAGUUUCUCAUCAAACAGAAAUUUGACACCGCCACUGCUGGCAUGAUGGACGUCAUUCUGUCCUGUGCUUAUCCAUCUGAAUAUCCCAGUGUGUUACCAGAGAUCACAGUCCGGUGUUCUGCUCUCAGCAGGGCCCAGCAGACACAGCUCCACACGGCUCUGAAUGCCCACCUUACUGAAAACUGCCAGGGGGAUGUGUGUGUGCUCUCUGCUGUGGACUGGGUGAAAGACAACAUGCAGCUCUUCAUUAGCAAGAGUUCAUCAGCAGCACCAGCUCCUAAAAAAGAGUCUAGUCCGCAGCCGGAGGAAGUGUUCAGUCGACUGUGGAUCUACAGUCAUCACAUCUACAACAAGACAAAGAGGAAGAACAUCUUGGAAUGGUCCAAGGAGCUGGGCCUGUCAGGAUUCAGCAUGCCAGGGAAACCUGGUGUUGUGUGUGUGGAGGGUCCUCAAUCUGCCUGUGAAGAGUUCUGGUCCAGAGUGAAGGUGCUGACUUGGAAGAAGAUCAUGAUUCGACACAGGGAGGAUAUUCCCCUUGACCGUCACCGUGACGCCGACAGGACUGUGGACAGUAUCGAGUCCCUGCGUAAAUUCACAGGAUUUGAAGAAGCCAUGUUUGACCCCCACGGUAACCGAGGUAAUCACAUGGACCUUGGGCAGCUCUACCAGUUCUUAAAUGAGAAAGGCUGCUGUGAUGUCUUUCAGUUAUAUUUUGGCAUUGAAGGGAGGUAGUGGGCUAGUAAAUAUGACAUAUUUCACCUUGUGCCUGGAAAAACUGUCUGAUGUGUUCAUUGCUCUUUGAGUUUGUUUUUAUUUUUGUCCAACUCACAAACUCACAAACAAUACUUUAACAACCCGUUUGUGGAAGUAUCUCUGCUGUAAAACGGGACCUCAAAAUAUAAAAGACAGACAUUUCUAUGAUACCACACACUGAUCUUUUUAGUUAAUAGGCUUAUUUUACCAAAACAAGAUGUUUAUCUGAGAAUUUUCUCAAGGACAUCAGCUAAAUUUGCAAUUUUCAGACUGGAUGAGCCACAGAUCGCAUCUUGCUCUAGGUGCUUCUCUCCUCAAAUGGCACCCCUGCGUAUUACAGCCAGGCUAUUAGAGGAUUUUCAGGUCUGAUACCACAUUAAUAUUUGGACAACAUAGUUAGCAAUAUGUUGAAUAUCUCUAUAUGGCAUCUGUUGGUUUUCUCCUCAUGAAUGAUGGAUAACGCCAUCAUGAAAAAGUAUUUUUCCAAUUUUCUUGGAACUGUUAUAUUGUGAAUAAAAUGUGUAUUUCACUCA